GUGUUGGGGGAUACGAACCUGAAAGAGCCGCUGGAAGCCACAGAAGCCGCAGGACAGUGCCACAAAUAUCCAAAAGACACCGUUGAUCAGAAUGACGUCAGCUUUGGCAAAAAUUACCAACUAUCCCGCCAAUCCGGUGGAUAUGUUUAAACAAAUCCUUCAAGCCGACGCCAAAAGUCAUCCCGACAGUGUCGUGGUGGACAUGAACCUGGCCACCUUGGACGAGGAAUUCGGUGUCCUCAAUCGUACGGUCAUCUAUCGUGGCCUAACACCGGAUAACUACCCCUUCUACAUAACCCAUCGCUAUACAAGGAAUUUCAAGAACUUACAAGCUAAUCCCAAGGCUGGGAUUACUUUCUACAUGACCAAUGUCCAGGAUAAUGACUACAAGGAGGUUACCUGGCAGGUGCGCCUGAUUGGAGCCAAGGCUGUGGAAUUACCCGACUCGGAAAUGGAUGCCCUGUGGGCUAAGGAGGAGCUGGUGUCCCAGAUACGAGGAUAUAUAUGCCCGUGCGGUGAGCCCAUCAACCAUGAUGACUUGAAGGCCAAGCAUGACAAGUUCCUGGAGGAACACUUGGCCAGUGGCAAGGCUUUAGAGAGACCCAGAUCUUAUACUGCAUUUAAGUUUGAACCACAAAGAUGGGAUUUCUUGAAGGUAGGACGUGGAGAAAUCGCCGAUCGAGUACAAUAUCGCCUUCAGGAUAAUGGAAAAUGGGAGUCCAUGCAUGUUUCCACUUAAAAAAAAAGAUAUACAAAUAUUCCUUAAUUUUUUAUGCCAAAAAAAAUGCAUCACAAAGCCAAAUAUAUAUUUUAGGCGAUUUUAUUUUAUUCAACAAUAUCUUUCUACAAAACAGCUAAAUAUCUAAAUUUGUCUAACAACUAAAAUGUGCUUCCUUUUUCUUUUCUUUUUAAACAUAAAAUUAAAACAUAGUUAAUAAAUAUUACACAAAACAGCAAAAA